AUGGCGAAAAAUAGAGCCCCCUCAAAGCACUCUCGUGCCGCGCGCCGCGCAACAUCCCCCGGCAUCGACACCGACAAGUCCUUGAAGGACUUAAAACCCCCUCCGCGCGACGUAGCACCCCGCCCCUCUGUUCUCGCCGUGCAACGCUCUGCCGGCGUCAGCAAGAAGACCAAGGGCGGUCGCAAGAGCCAGCUAUCCGCCAAGGCGCGGAAACGCCAGGAGAGGGGCCUGCAGAUGGCGGAGGCGAUCGUGGAGCGCACUAGCAAGAAGGUCGAGAAGAGCAAAGGACGCGGGAAAAACAUUGUAGAAAGGAGUCAGGCGUGGGAGAAGAUCAACAAGGAGGCCGAGGCGGCUGAGCAGGAAGCGGACGACGCGAGCGACGAUGAGGACGAGGAAAUUCAGGGCGACGGGGUUGCCCCCAAGGUCGACGACGACGAUGCGGAUAGGGGCGCUGUAGAAGCUGGCCAGCCAGGAGAUGCGCCCUCCCAAAAAGGCGACGACGGGUAUUUGGCCAUUGACGAGGACGAGGAGAUUCUAUGA